GGCUACGUUGUGUUUGUCUUUGUUGUGGUGUAUAUUUUUAAUUAUUUUUCUGAUUUUAUUGUUUUGAGUUAAAUUUAUUUGAAAUUUCUAAUUUUGGCCAGCUUUUUUUACAGACAAUAUUCUCAUUUUAUUGAGUUUUGUGUACCUAUUUUAUAAUAUUGAAACUUUGAGAGCUGCUUUAUUAUCAUCGUAUCAUGUAUCCUUUGUCGUGACUCACAUCCCUAUCAUCUAUCAAAUUUAAUCACGUUAUUAAGUUUAAUUGAAACAAGUUUUAUGUUUCAAGAUGAGUGAAUCAUGUGUAGAGACACCGGAGGCGCCAGCUUGGUUGUCCAAAUUAGAAAGCCAAAGGGAGAAGUUGAGCAAAGCUCGCUUAGGACAUGACAGCGGCGCCGGCGCCCCUUGUAACUCCUGCGGAACGGGAUGCCCUGGACUGGAUUUACACUUUUGGCGCAAAGUGUGCCGAGCGUGCCACUGCAGCAAAGAUGUUCAUGAUGUACAGGACGAUGACUUGUCAGGCUGGGCACAAUUUGAACUUCUUGGUACUGCAAAGCCUAAGAAAGCAUCAAUGCCACUGAUCAAAAUACGUGGAGUCACAGAUAAGCCUGUGAAACUUGAUUGGGUACCACCAAAUGCUUCUACAGAAUUGGUAUCAGAAUACAUGUCCUGUUUGGGUCCACUGGCGCCGGUGUCUGGUUCGGAGGCGGCUAAAAAGAGGCGCGCACAGCUUCGUACGCAACUCCCUCCGCACGACGUGGCCACUGCUGCGCGCCACCAUGCCACCGAUCAAGAAAAAUCAGAACAUACAGAAUAUAUUACCCGUAUUAAGGAUCAUGUGGUGGGUAUGGGUAAUGUGGUGAGAGUUGGACCUCUACAGAAUGGAGAUGUAUACUGUGUUGAAAACAGCAAAACACACACUGCAACCAAAUCUUAUGCACUGCCAUUGAAGAUAUCAAAUGCAUCUCGAGGUGUUAAAUACAAUAUAGUCCCCAAGAAUGCUUCAGACAAGAAGCUUGUGCUUGAUUCACAAGGAAAUGUUGUAAGCAGUGCUGCUAACUUACCUGAUUACAAGUCAAGCCCAAUUUUGAGCAGAGUUGUAAAAGAUAAACUUCAUGUGAUGCACAUUGAGUCAGACAGAAUUAAGAGUGCAGUUGAACACGGUCCUGUGUAUGACAAAUUACUGAAAAAUCUUAAUGAUUUAAAUAUGCCUGUGUCUAACGAUGUAUAUCUUCAGCCCAUUAAACUGUUUCGCGAAGAGUAUAAUAAGAACCCUCAGUUCAAGGAGGAAGUAAAUGAAUUUGCUAACAAAUGUUUGGGAGCUCAGAUAAUGCCUGAUUUGUGGUCCAUGAGUAAUAAUAAUGUAAUAGGUACAGCAAAAUUACUGGACAGUAGGAUUCAAAAGGGAACAAUUUUUGCUCCUAAUGGUGAAAUUUGGAGCUGGAAACACGAACCUACAACACCAGAACACAGCGGCACCAUAUGCUCCACAAAGAUAAACCCUCAGUAUUCCACCACAACGAAACCCUUAAACCAAGUUGAACCCCAACAAACUGCUCCUCUAAGAGAAUAUCUUAGAUCCCAGUCUGAGGAAGAUAAUCCUCCACCUGUGCCCAAUUACAAUACCUAUCCAGGUGCAGUGCCCAUUCCUUCUCAGAGUAACGACUGGGAUAACUCUGUGGAGAACCCACAACUAGAUCAUUCAGGCAAUCCGAUACAAGUCAGCACAUAUACAGAGCAGCUUGAUCCAAUUCUCACCCAAUUUGCUGAUAUGACACUCAGUCCCGACGAAAUGGAAUUUAACAGAAAGUUAUACAAUGAAGGAGUGCCCUGUCAAAGAUGUCAGAAGCCCAUGUUUGCUGGAGAAGUAGCAGUAAAAGCUGAUCGAGCUGGGCAGGAAGCUAUAUGGCAUCCACAGUGUUUCACUUGCUGUCAAUGCGGGGAACUGUUGGCUGAUCUCGUUUACUUCUACUACAAGGGGGAAAUAUACUGUGCCAGAGAUUUAGCGAACGUGCUGGAGAUACCUCGUUGUGCUGGAUGUGAUGAGUUGAUAUUCACAAGACCCUACACCGCUGCUGAGGGCAGAGCGUUCCACGUACAACAUUUCUGUUGCUACCAUUGUGAUGCACCACUUGGAGGGAAAAAGUAUGUUCCCGAUGAUAAAACUGGCCUGCCGAUUUGCCUUACAUGCUAUGAUCAAUUUUAUGCAGAGCGCUGUCGUGCUUGUGGUGGAGUCAUUGGUCCUGAACAGCAAGGAGUUUCCUGGAGUAAUAUGCACUGGCAUGCCGAGUGUUUCAUAUGCUCGGGCCGAAUGUGUGGCAAAAGUUUAUUGAGUGGUCGGUUUGUUGUGAAACAAGAGAUGCCAUUUUGCAGUGUACCGUGCGUACAAAGUAGAAUUAAGUGAGUGCUGAGAUAGUUUUCAUUUUACAAUAAGAAAAUAUAUUUUGAUAUAAAUUUUAUAUUGUGAUACGAGUGACAUAUUUACACAAUUCAUUUAAGUAUAUAGGAAAACUGUUUUGAAAGAGUGACAGAGUAUGUAUUUUUGUAGUGUUAUAAUUCUUAUUUAAGACUAGAAUGUAGAGAAAUAUUUUGAUGCUAUGAAUUUAGAGCAAUUGAUUAUGACAAGAGGACCAAUAAUAUGACUGAACUUGAUAUAUGAAUAGGUAAAAUUAUACUUUAUACAAAUUUUUAUAUUUCAUAGGACUACAUUUAUACUAAAAAAAAAUUAUAUUUGGAAAAUGUUUGCAAUCAUAAUACCUAUUUUUAGGUUUAAUUUAUAUCAGCUACAUUCCGUUUUAUGUCUUUAUAUGUUUGAAAUGUGCCAUUAAUGUUACGAGUUAAUAAAAAAAACUUACAUGAAA